GGAUUAUGUUAAUCCGUUUUAAAAAUUACAAAUCAAGUUCACUAUAUGCCGAGUUCCUAUCGAAAAAGUAGGUAUCAGAGGAAGAGUGAAUUUACAAAACUGAGUCUUUGAACUUGACAAUAAAACAUAUUAUUUAACUCGGACCAAAGAGUUCUUUAUAUUUAGCUUUCUAGAUUUUAUAUCUUUAAGAUAAAAAAUAACUGAUAAAAUGAGAACUGCAUUCUUUCAGAGAGACACAAAUGAAACAAAAAUUUGCGUUGCUAUUGCUUUAGACAAGGCUCCUUUGCCUAAGGAAUCGGACUUUUUGGAUGAAGUCAUUACCUCAAAGCAUGCCAAUCAAAAGGGUGAACAGACAAUCCAAGUUGACACUGGUAUUGGCUUUCUCGACCACAUGUACCAUGCAUUAGCUAAACAUUCCGGCUGGAGCCUUCGUCUAUAUUCUCGGGGUGAUUUGGUUAUAGAUGAUCAUCAUACAGCUGAGGAUACUGCAAUUGCCUUGGGUAUGGCUUUCAAGAAAGCGAUGGGCAAUUUCGCCGGUGUUAAACGCUUUGGCCAUGCUUAUUGUCCUUUGGAUGAAGCUCUUUCCAGAGCUGUUGUUGAUUUGUCCGGCCGUCCUUACUCCGUCAUUGAUCUUGGAUUGAAGCGUGAAAAGAUCGGCGAGCUUUCUUGCGAAAUGGUUCCCCAUCUUUUGAAUUCAUUUGCUACUAGCGCUGGCAUUACUCUGCACAUCUCUUGCUUGUAUGGUAACAACGACCAUCACCGUACGGAAAGUGCCUUCAAAUCUUUUGCGGUUGCAUUGCGUACCGCUACUACUUUAACUGAGAGUAAAGAGGUUCCCAGCACAAAGGGUGUUUUGUAAAUUGGUAAACGGAAUGAAAUGGUUGUGCUUUGUUUUGGAACAAUUUAUAGACAUGGGAAGUAUUUACAUAAGAAUUUGAUUCAUCUUGUCGCGUUUGCGAUAUCCAAAUCUUGAUUUCUGUCAGAAUUAACUACUCCACGAGAUUAUUUCAAAGUUUUUCAUUUGUAUACUGUAUAAUACUAUUUAUUACUCAAAACGAAGGAUGAGAGUUGUAACUCUUCAUUGACCGAUCUAGUUCACUAGGACGACAAGACAAAGCAAUACAUUUAAUGAAUUCUCAUAUCCAG